AUGAGCACAGCAUUGCAUGCAUCACUACUAACAACAGAAGAAAGAUUGAAGUUAGAUCGAGAAUGUUCGUCAUGUGGUUUGAUUGCUAAUUUUGCUUGUAUCGAUCAUUGUGAAGCUGUUCUCUGUGCUCGAUGUACUAGCAAACAUCGUGCUAAUGUCAUUCGACAAAUGCAUGAACUUUUCAAACGAUUGAAAAUGUACCAAAUGAGAUUGGCCGAUUCUACUGAUAAUUUGACAGACUCCAACUUAUCAGUUAUGGCAAGAAAUUCUUUGGAAACUUAUUUAAUUAUUCUCAAGGAACAUCUUGAAAAGGAUCACUUACUUGAUGCAAAAACACUUUUUGAUUUAGACAUGCGUCUCAAUGAUCAAAUAGGCCAAAUCACUAAAAAGUCUCCAUCUCUUAUGGCUUCUCAUAAUUUUCGUCGUUCUCAUAUGAGAGCACAGACAGCAAGAAACAAUCGGCCAAAGACGAUUACUGUCUCACUGAAUAUUCAAAAAGAUUUUCCACUUCCUAUCGAACGAUCGUUUUCGAUGGGUCCACAUCCGAUAGCAGUUUCACUAGUUGAUUCAUACUUAGAAACAGUCUUUUGUCAAGGACGAGAUAACAGUGUCAUACUACUCAGUUUAUUAUCUAUUGAUGUGUACACACGUGGUUCUGGUUUAACUUGGUCUAUACCACUUAGUCGAGUACUAGGCAAUAUAAAAGAUAAGAUAUUUGCAGGUGUUUGGUGUUCUUACGUUGAACGAUUAAUUCUUGUCGGUCGAUAUCAUUUUUACAUGUUUGAUAUUGAUCGACAAAGAGUUCGAUGUGUUUGCAAAUGCGGAUGUGGUGCUCGUUGUUGUUCUGGCACAAUGCCACCGACAUCACGUCGUUACAUGACAAUAAGAUAUCGUUGUCAACCAACUUACGAUGAUCGUACUGAUUCUCGAAGAUUUCUUGCAAGUAACCAUACUGGACUUUUAUUCUAUGCCUAUAAGUCUGGAGCAGACACAUAUCGAUUAGAGACCUAUACGUUGGAUGAUGUAGACCAAGAACUGAAAUUAAUUAAUGAUCUAUCGAUUGAUGGGCAAUUGGCUGCCAUAUGUUUAUCUUAUGAUCAUCUAGCUUUUGUUUAUCGACGUUUUCCACGAAUAGAAAAAUCAACUACACAAUUAAGAAAUCUAUUAGAAAUUGAUCAUUAUUUUGCUUUACACAAUCAUUCUCUUAAAAAAUUAGCUGAUCACGUUCGUUUGCCUUCGUCAAUUCGAUGGAUAACAGCAAUCGUAUCUUAUGGGACAGAAUCUAAAUAUCUUCUAUGUGAUCCUCGAAGUCAACAAUUACUUCUCUAUCAAGCUAUAGACGGUGUUCUUAUUCGUCGUUUUCAUAUUGGACCAGUCAAUGCAUGUUGUCUUAGUGAUGGUCGAUUAGUUUUGUGGAUACAAAAAGCAUAUGCUAGCUCACCAAUUGGAAAGCUACACUUUAUUAGUACUCCUCAUCUAGAAAAGUACGCAUUGGUAUCGACAUCAUUUGAACUUUUGAAGAAAUCACACAAAUAA